CCUAUUCAUACUUCUUUUAUUUUCCAGUUCCCUGUUGGCCGCAUCCACAGGCACCUGAAGUCUAGGACUACCAGCCAUGGGCGUGUAGGAGCCACAGCUGCUGUGUAUAGCGCUGCAAUCCUGGAGUACUUGACAGCUGAGGUUCUUGAGCUGGCAGGAAAUGCAUCCAAAGACUUGAAGGUGAAACGUAUCACUCCCCGUCACUUGCAGCUUGCAAUUAGAGGAGAUGAAGAGUUGGACUCUCUCAUUAAGGCAACAAUUGCUGGUGGUGGCGUAAUACCGCAUAUCCACAAGUCUCUCAUUGGAAAGAAAGGACAACAGAAGACUGUCUAAAGGAUACCAGGAUUCCUUGCUAUCUCAGGACUCGGAGUACUUAAUUGUCCAGUGUUGGUGAUUCCAGUGGACUGUAUCUGUGAAACACAAUUUUGCCUUUUGUAAUGUUGAGAAGCUAAAGCUCCCUUGAGCUUUCUAACAAACCAAAUUUCUGCAUUGAAGUCUUAACCGUAUUUAAGUGUUACCAUGGCUUCAAAGAAGCUAUUGUAUUUGUAGUGGGUUUUGAUCGAGCUGACUGUUUUUAGAUUGGUUUAAGUAAAGGAAAUGUUUGGUUUUGUACAGACUUUUCAUCCACUAGAGUGGAAAUAUUCAAUAAAUGUUAUAUCACGACUGA